AUGGAGUCAGUUACUAAGGAGCUGAUAGCACGUGGAUUCAAAGAAGAGUUAGCUCAUACAACUGCUAUCGAUGUUUGCCAAGAGACAAAAGUGCCUGGAGCGAAGAAAGACAAGAUCCAAUCAUAUCAACAAAUCUUUGCGAUAUUGGUUUUCAUGGGUCAGUCCAGCAGCAUUGUAUAUUUCAUGGAAGACAGUGUGAGCGACCUCGACCUUCCUCUAGUCGAGCGGAAGAAUCCUGAGAGCCCAAGCGGUAAUAGCUUGUACCGAAGGCAUUCGAUUCACGACCCAUUGGAAUGCACUGAGCAGUGGAACGAAGAUCAAUGGAUAGAAUGGAGCCCAGAGCAAAAACGCCUGUUCUGCGAGUAUCAGUGGUUGAUGAUGGCACCAUUCUUCUCGCUCAAAACUUCCAACAAGGUUAGCCAUUACAACCUGGAAGAUCAGCGCCUUCUACCUUUCAUUGACGGCAAAGAGGUCUUAUCUGGCAAGCCUUCUCAACAGGAUAACGAACACGUCGUGGAUUUGGAGGAAAUUGAGAGUGGAUUCUCGAAAGUCUUCAUGAUAUGGGUACACCCUCAGCAUCACAACCUCUCAAGAGAUGAAUGUGACCGCGGCUUUGCAAUCAAGCAACUAAUGAAGCCUAGCGAAGAUGACUUCAAUCAGGAAGUUGAAAUGUUGAAAAAGUUCAUUGGCGACAGAAGUCAUCCACACAUUGUUUCCCUCCUGGCUACAUACAAGCAAUAUGGUAGAUAUCACAUGAUCUUCCACCGGGCAGAUGGUAAUCUUUUUGAAUACUGGAGAGACAUAUGCCCAACUCCCAAGUUCAAUUACGACACAGUCAAGUGGGUUGCCAAGCAGCUCGCUGGUCUCUCUGAUGGUCUUCUACGUUUUCAUAAGCACACUUCAUUCUUGAAAUGCUGCGAAGAACCGGUACAGCCAGAUAUCAAUGAAAGCGGGUGGCUAAGGGGCCAAUCUCAACCUAGGAAGAGAGCUAGAUUCGAAGUGACACCUGCAUCUCCAUACGAUAGCAAAGAAGAGCAGGGCCCUGCAAAGCCGAAGACCAAGUAUGGCCAACAUGGAGAUCUGAAACCGGAAAAUAUUUUGUGGUUCCCAGAUUCAGAGGAUCCAAUCGGCAUCCUUAAGAUUUCUGAUCUAGGGCAAGCUCAGCUCCAUUCAACGCAAAGCAAGACAAGGCGUGAAAGCAAUGGAGUUCAUACAUUGACCUACCGGCCACCAGAGACUGAUAUUGAGCCCUACAUCAUGCGCCAGUCUGGGGAUAUAUGGUCUUUUGGCUGCAUUGUCCUUGAGUUUAUCACGUGGGCUCUUGGCUCUUGGGAACUCGUGGAUGAGUUUAAGACGAAACGAGCAUCUGAGGACCUAUACUCUCCGAUCAAGUCUGACACAUUCUACGAAUUAAAGCAAGUGCCUAGUUUAAACCACUCUGGCGCCCAAAUCAAACCAGCGGUCACUCAGCAUAUUCAGAGUCUACGGUCACAUCCAAAGUGCACAGAAUUCUUUUUGGACGUCCUUGAAUUGGUUGAACGAGGAAUGCUCACUAUUGAACCGAGCGAAACCUGUUUGGACCACAGUCGCAGGAAGAACUGUGGCGAGAUCCAGUACUCACUUGCAAAAUAUUAUAGAAAGUGUUUGAAGAACGAGUCCUACGCGGUUAGACCUCGCGAAACAAGUGCUGCUAGUAUAUAA